AUGCCAACAGUUUCUCCAUUACAACACAAUACUUUUGCAAUUGAUUCCGAUAACGAAUCAACAAAAUCUCAACUCAAUAAUCUCAAAAAGAAAAUUUCUUCAUCCAAAGAAUCAGAAAGAUUCAAAUCUCAAUUAAAUGAAAGCUCCCCUGCCGGUCGAAGAAACUCUUCAUCUUCAGAAUCCAUAGACACCGAUAUAAUCACAUUAUCAAGAUUCAUCAUUGAAAACCAAAGAAAUUUCCAAAAUGCAAAGGGUAACUUAACUCUCUUAUUAAACGCCUUACAAUUCGCUUUCAAAUUCAUCUCACAAACAAUUAGAAAGGCUGAAUUAGUCAAUUUAAUCAACGUACAAAAUCAUUCCAUCUCAAUAAACUCAACAGGUGACGUUCAAAAAAAAUUGGACAUCUUAUCAGAUGAAAUCUUCCUAAACGCAAUGAAAUCAUGCGGUGUGGUAAAAAUAUUAGUAUCUGAAGAACAAGAAGAUUUAAUAAUCUUCAACACCGUAGAAGGAGAAGAUGAAACCUCCUAUGCAGUUUGUUGUGACCCCAUUGAUGGAUCUUCCAACUUGGACGCAGGUGUCGCUGUUGGAACAAUAGUCUCUAUUUUCAAAAUAUUACCUGAAACUAAAGCAAAAUAUGCUGACCCUAAUGAAUUGACUAAGAAUGUAUUAAGAACUGGUCAUGAUAUGGUUGCUGCAUGUUAUGCAAUGUAUGGUGCUUCCACUCAUCUUUUCAUUACGUUCGGGGAUGGUGUAGAUGGAUUCACUUUGGAUAAUAAUUUAGGAGAAUUCAUUUUAACACAACCAAAUUUGAAAAUUCCAGAACAAAGAUCAAUUUAUUCAAUUAAUGAAGGGAAUGGGUAUAAUUGGGAUGAGUCUAUUUUAGAAUUCUUGAAAUUUUUGAAAGAUCCAAAGAGUGAAAUGAAUAAAUCUACAAAGAGUCCAUAUACUGCUAGAUAUAUUGGUUCCAUGGUAGCUGAUGUUCAUAGAACUUUCCUUUAUGGUGGGAUUUUCUCAUAUCCUUGCGAUAAGAAGAAUCCAAAUGGGAAAUUAAGAUUGUUGUAUGAAGCUUUCCCAAUGGCUUUCUUAAUGGAACAAGCUGGUGGGAAGGCAGUUAAUGAUUUUGGUGAAAGAAUCUUGGAUUUGAAACCAACUCAUAUUCAUGAUAAAUCUUCCAUUUGGUUGGGUUCAACUGAUGAUAUCGAUAAAUAUUUGAAAUUUAUUCAUGAUAAAUGA